CUUUACAUUUAUUUUUCCGCCUGUGCGCGUCCUCCAUCACGUUCUAUACUGGGAACACGAUGUUACAGUAUGCAACGCUGACAUGAAGCAAGGGAGGGGCUGCUGCAAACCACACUGAUAGAAUGAAUGUAAAGAGCCUAAAGAACACUUCCUGUUGAUGCAAAAAUUGCAGCAGCAACUGUCUGACACAUCUGGACUGGAGAGGGGGGGAGGCCUGGCUGUAGCGUUAGCGAACCACUGAAGGGAAUGGACAACGUUUAAUGCUAAUCUGCAAGACGCACAGACAGACUGGGAAAAACCUGACAGAGGACUAUCUAACAGUCACAUCAGAAGAAAUAAAUGGCUGUCAACAAACUGGAGAAACGUAUACAAGAAAUGGACGACGGCAGCUACAUCGAGUUUGAUGUGCCGGAGUUCAGCAACACUGUUCUGACCCAACUCAAUGAGUUGCGGCUGCAAGGGAAGCUGUGCGACAUCAUUGUUCACGUUCAGGGCCAGCCCUUUCGAGCCCACAAGGCCGUGCUGGCAGCUAGUUCACCCUACUUCCGUGACCACUCAGCUUUGAGCACCAUGAGUGGCCUUUCCAUUUCAGUCAUCAAAAGCCCUGAGGUGUUUGAACAGCUUCUUGCUUUCUGCUACACAGGUCACAUGUCCCUGCAGCUCAAAGAUAUUAUCAGUUUUCUCACCGCUGCCAGCUUUCUGCAAAUGCAGGCAAUCAUUGACAAGUGCACCCAAAUCCUGGAGAGCCUCCAUUCCAAGAUCAGCCUCCCAGUUAGUGUCAGCAGCCCAGAGAAAGACAGCUUGCAGACUAGCCGCAACGGGGUCAAUGACAGCAACCUCUUCAUAAAUCCCACCCAGAUCUCCCCCCCUUACUACUCCCGACAGAGUCAGGCAGGGAAUGAAGUGCGCUUGGAGCUGGGAGGAAAAAGCAUGGGCCGGGUGAGACAGCAGCAAGAGGAAGGCCACUCGGAUCGUGGCAGUAGUGAUAGUGUGUCAGAGCACGAUGCGCCCGUGGAGGGAGAAACAGAGCAAGUGGAACUGAUUGGCAAAGAUGGGCAAGUAACAGAUGUGCAUGUGAAGAUAGAAAAGACCGAUAGGCCCACUUACUCAGACAGUUCCUCAGCUGGUGAUGAUGGCUAUCACACAGAGUUGGUGGAUGGAGACCAGGUAGUGGCUGUCACUGUGGGCUCUUAUGGUCCUGUAAUCCAGCCUGCUUCCUAUUCUUACUCAGGGCUGUCCUCCCCGUGCUUUGUCAACCUCAGCAACACCAGUCCUUCCCGCUCCAUUCUCAGUGGCUUCAGAGGUGGCCGAGCCAGGGCAAAGCGCCCGUUGGCUAUCCCCGCAGGGGUGCUGAGUCAUAUUAAACCAGGCUCAGACGAUGGCGAAUCAACUGUGGGACCCACAGGGUUGGAGAACGAUGUGCGAGAACGUAGCCUACGGAGCCAGUGGUACCCUUACAAUGAGAGACUCAUUUGCAUCUACUGUGGAAAGACCUUCAAUCAGAAAGGGAGCCUGGACCGCCACAUGCGCCUGCACAUGGGAAUCACCCCAUUUGUUUGUAAAUUCUGUGGCAAGAAGUACACAAGGAAAGACCAGCUGGAGUACCACAUCCGUGGCCACACGGACAACAAGCCCUUUCACUGUCAGAUCUGUGGGAAAUGCUUCCCAUUUCAGGGCACCCUUAACCAGCACCUGAGGAAGAAGCACCUGGGAGCAUCAGAGGGCAGCAAUCACAUGGACUCUCCAGAGAGGAUGGAGGGAAGCUCAGGUCAGAAGGACCAAGAAGAUACGUCUGAGGGGAUGGCCUUUGAGGCACAAUAUGCAGAAGAGGCACCAGCCAAUGAAAUGGAGGAGAGUUCAAAGUGCAGUCCAGAGGAGGCUCAAGCAUCAAGAUGUGAUUUUUAGGUCCUGCUUCAGGUUAAGGAAGCUUUAAGAAAUGUUUAUUUCAGCGCAAUUUAAAGGACUCUCCUCUUUUUGAAUCAGCUCCCGCUACUAUGGACCUUUCUUUCAUCGAGGGUUUCUGUCAGUUUUGUGAAAGUUAGAUGCUAAAUACAGAGAAAAAAUGGGUGCUUUAUAGAAAUCGGAUUCUUUCAAGUAAAGGGAGUAACGACUUACUAUUUUUAAGGUGGUCCCAAUAAUCAAGACCCCCGGAUUGAUUUCUCUUUUUAUCUUUCCAUGUUUUUUAAAACAUAUUUACAGAGUUAUAUAGGCAUGUUGCAAUAAUUGAUAAUGUGAAAGCUCUGGUAAGAUGCUUGUCAUAUCACCUUUUUACCUAACCUGUUUUUGCACAUGUGGCCACAGGAGGCCACUUACACACAAGGAAUGAUUUUUCUGCCAGUGCAAAGCUUCAUGUGACAUAUCCGUUCAAUACCUCAUGAUGCAACUACAUACUCAUAAUAGACAGUAUUUUAACUUAAAUGAAACUCACCAGGUUCUACCUCAUAGCCAAGAACCUACCAGGCACAGAUGUGUUCAACGUUUAAAAUCCGUUCUAGGUUUUUUGUACAGUAUCUUAUUGCCAAACCCUGUAAAGAAUAUUCUUUCAACACAAAGCCUUGAUACUUAGGGGAAAUAUUCCUUGCUGAUUGUAUGGAUUAGGGACAAAGUCCUUGUCAAAUGUUUCAUGGUUAGCCAGGAUAACAUGAUUAAGAAGGUGCUAUGUUAUGAGUAGAAAGCUUGCUGGCCUACUUGUGUGCUAUUGGGCAAAUAUGGAGAGCAGAGUAAGAGAAAUUUCUCUGUUAUUUUUCAAGAUAAAAUUUCUUUCUUCAAAACACUUCAGGAUUUUAUCUCUCAUCACUACUGGAGAUCUCACUCUGUCAGCCUAGGCGUGGUUUUAGAUGCUGCCAUCCAUGUAAUGGAUGAAUCUCAUCCAUACAGUGAAGUAAUUUGUAUUCCUCUAUAUCCCCUGUAUGAGGUUUAUUCAGAACUAUUGUAUAUGUUUUUUGUUUUUUCCUGGGGUAGGCUUCCAGUCUGAUACUCAGUGUCUAACAGAGGCAGGGAGUACUCAUUGUAAACUCAGCACACCAGGAACAGCUCUGGAUGUGUUCACCUAAAUCACUAUAAUAUACUAGUCUGAACAAUAUGCAAGCAGAAAGAACAAAGGAAUCUCAGCCAUUGUGACAUGGUUUUUCUUCCAUUAUUUGAAAGAGCUAUGGGUUUGUUUUCCAUUGUGUCCUCUACAAUUGGACAGUUAAUCUGUGAUAUUCAUUUUCUGCAUUGUUCAGGGUCAGGUGCAGACUUGUAACACGUUUUCCUCAUUUUGUCAAGCCCACUUUAUGGUAUUGUCAAGGUUAAGAGGUAAAUGUUUUAAGAGGUAGCUGAUGAUCCAAAGUAUCGAUGCACUUUGCAGAGUUAGCAGUUUGGGUGAGUGCUGUCCCAGUAAUAAAAUGUGCUAAUCUGUCUUAAUUGUGAUGAUUUUUACUCUGAGUAAAAAUGUCUUGAGCUUUGAUGAGACUCUGCAAUCACAUAAAUACUUUUGGCUACAAGUCACAUAUAUGGUAACAUUGCAUUUUAUCUAUACUAUUUGAAUUACGGGGAUGGGGUGUUGUGGGAAUAUAGAGAUUUAUUUCCAUUGUGAUUUAAAAAUUCAUAUUCACAUUUAAAAGGCCUGGUUGAUGAUUAGAAUUUGCUAAUUUAAAGCUCAGCUGGGUGGUUUCUUUUGUGCUAUUUUUUGCUUUCUUACUUGCCAUCCAGCUGGUUAAUGCCUUUAUUUUUGAAGAGCACCUGCUUUAUGCUUUUAUUUUGUCCCAACUGGUCCAUGCUGAAUUUGUGUCAAUGAAUUGAGAAUUGAUUGACAAUUUUAUAGUUUUCAUAUUAUUUCCUACGUUGUGUGCAUUUGGUGGGAGAAUCUUGUGUUUUGUUGCAUAUGUCAGAUUUUAUAUUAAGAGUGCAGUCCUUUUUAUUCCUUUGAAUGUGCAUUUGUCGUCUUUGCUCAUCGACAAACCAAAAUUUGGAUAAUUUUGCAAAAUCGGUAUAGCUAGCUUUUCAUUGUCUUUAGUGUACGAAUUUAUCACAAACACUCUUAAUCACCACCACCAAUGUCUGUCUGUCAGCAUAUACAGUACUUUUUUAGAUGAAUGUUUUCCAAGUCAAGUAUAUUUUUGUCAGCGGGCGAUGCGCGCAGGGUUGCCAGCUGAUCUGACCUCAACAAAAUCAGUUUCUGAUUCAUGUUAACCUCACUACAACAAUUCUUGCCCUUUAUUUGAAGACAAAACAACAACAACAAGCAUUUCUUCUUGGAAUAUUGUCAGCAAGGUUUUGUGAAUAGGGUACAAACUGCUAAAAUAUUUUUGUGCCAAAAGACAACACCAAAGACUAAUAGGGGAUGAUUUUUUUUUCUGGUAAAUUUUGGCUGGAUUGUGUAAUUGAAUGCUCGUUAGGAAGAAUAGGUUCUUAAUUUAAUGUGAGACUAAUUCAUUGCAAUUUGCAAAAGAAUGUAUGUUUCCCAGCUUAUAACAAUCACUUGUGUAGAAAAUAAAUAAAUGAACAAGCAGAAAUUAAGUAGCAGAGUCAUAAAUAACAUAACAAUACUAAGCCAUAAAAACAAGGUAUAAAAGUUGUGCAGUAGGUAAUGUAAUUGUUUAAAGCCAGUGUAAAAAAGAGAGACUGCUUCACAACAAGUGGCAUCUUAAACUUAGUGCCUUGCCACAAGCUUUAUGUUUUAGAUUCUGGCACUUGGAUUUUUGUGCCUCUUUACUUUUGGAAUGGAUUAAAUGGAGAGAUUAUGAUGAAAUAUGGCUGCAUCUUUUAUUGUGAAGUGGAGCCAAGAAUGAAUAGAAAUUAAGUCAUGUCAUUCUUGUCCAUUUUGUACUAGUCUACUUAAGCUCUGCCCCUAAUUUUCACUUGCUAUCACUGGAUUUUUAUUUUGUUUUAUUAAUCUGUGACAUGAUGGGCAACUGAUUUUAAAGCGUAACUGAUUUUGUAGCAUUUGAUUACAAUCAGAUGAGGCAAACUUGUUCCCUGCAAGCCGCUGCCCUAUAGUCAGAGGCUAUACUAAAUCCCCUCCUCUUUAACGAUCGAGGACAAUCUAAGCAAUGUACUGUAGUUUAUGCAUUUAAGUAGAGACAGGAGAUGCAUGAGAACAGACAGGAUAUUUAGCUGAUCGUAAACUGAGUAUUUGUGCAGAAAAAUAUCUUACCUACAUAUACUGUAGCUGAAUUGCACGCUGCUCAGCCAAAAAAUUGUGUACAAUUGCCAAUUUUUUAAAACUUUUUUUUUCUGUCAUUGAUUGUGCACUUACUUUUUGUUGUUGUUUUUUGGUUAAACGUUCUAUCCAGUUCUACCAGUUCUAAGUUCUACCAGUUCUAUCCGAUGAGUCUCCUUUAUCUCUGUAGUUACCUGUUAGGGACUCAGUUAUCUUAAAGGCCUCAAUCACUUCUGUAAGGACCUCUCCCCUCGAAUGGUGCUUUGAGAUUCAGUUUUCUGUCCUCAGUAAGUAAGUCCAUGUUUUUGUUGUAGGUGAACAGGGGCGUAAUUGUUUAAAUGUUAUUCAUGUAUCAUAGUUAUGUACGUGGCAGUACACACCUACAAAAACCAACUAAACUUGAUAGACACUCGAAUCGACCGUCUUCGUCAGCUUGUAGUUCCACCUCGCUGAGAGCGACAGGAUAUGCAUUUUGGGCCACAAGUAUUCAAAAAGAAGUGUUUACAAGGCUGUCAGACUACUUUGUGUUUUUUUUUUUCUUUGUUUUUUUUUAUUUUUUUUGCAAACUUGCAACUCGUCCUGUUCCUUUUGUAAGAAACUCACUUCAGGUAGUUUACAAACACUGAUACAGGCUUAGAAAAGAAAUCGUAAGUCUUCCAUAGCUUUUCUGUCAGUUUCUGUCCACUGUGUAUUUUUUUUUUAAUUUUUUCUUUGAAAAAAGAGAAGCAAUAACCUUUUUGAAAGUGAAAGUGGUGUAUUGGGAUCAUCAAACCCUUUGAAAUAUUGGCCUGUCAUGUAUCAAACAAACUGAAAGUCAGGGAGCUGUUGAAUUGAAGUAGGACCAGGACAAUUUGAUAUCGAUUUAUUUUUUAUAUAUUUUCUGAAACUCUGGACAGGUUGACUUCUUGUUUUUAGAAAAAAAAUAUGAAAGUGAAAACGCGGUUGAAAUGCUCAAUUGAAAAUCCAGUGGUAGUUGGUAAACUGCAACACGAGAACUGAGCGCGUGAUUCAGUCAUCAAACUCAGUGGCACUGUUCAGAGUUGCACCUCCAGCUGAGUGUAAUAAUGAAAGGGAUUUUGGGCUAUAUAGCCACUGUUUGGGAGCGGGCUCUCUGUUGCUAUGUUGAAGUUCAGUGGUCUCCUUUUGCUCCUCAGGCUCCGAGACAGUAGGUGCAGUUGUUCAGGAUCAGAGGGGACGUUUUCAGUCUACCUGUUGUUCCUUUUCCUUUUUGAAUCCCCCCUAACUCUGCACUAGUAUGUCUCUGGUUCGUGUGCAUUUGGUGACAAGGCAAAAAACAACAUAAAAAAAAAAAAAAGUAGAACUCAGGGUAUAUAGCAUUAAAAGUGGUCUCACUGGACAUACGUUCUACCAUAUGUCCGUAGUAUAAUUGUGCACUUCUCUUCAGGUGGGGAAACAAGUCCUCGGUCAGUUGUUCCCAAACAUUCUGCCUCAAGGUCUCAAUGAGCCCAUAUUUUCCACAGAGCUGAAGCAUGAGGUGCAUUUGAGCCCACGAACUGAACCAUGAUAGCAGAAAUGCCUCCGCUCCUGUUUUGUCCACUCUACACACAACCUCACAACCCAACUGUGAACCUCAGAACUCUACUGUUUUGUACAACUAUGAAGUAAAUGAAGCUAGCUAGAGCUGAUGUUGUAUCUAUUGCCAUUUAUGAAUUUAUUUUAUAGCAUGAAAUAAAAUAUAUUUAUUCAAAUUAUAUAUUUUACUCAUAAUCAUUCAGUGCUGCUUCAUUUUGGUUCUUAAGCUUGUAAAUUGCUUUUUUAUUAUAUAAAAAAUGUCAAUAGAAUAAUGCGUUUGUAAAAUAAAGACGCUGAUUUGGCUCUG